AGCCCUAACCUUUCUAUCUUUGGUAGGAAACGUCCAUAUUUUGCUACUGAAUACCAUCGGUAACACACGGCGAUGGAGCUUCGAAUCCUGUUGGUGCUUACGCUUGCUCCUCUUCUUUUCUCCCCACCCAUUUUGGGGUACAAGCACGUAGAAGUAAAAUCUUGGUGCGGCAAAACACCCCACCCAGAACCAUGUGAAUACUUCUUAAGCCAGAACACAAAAGACACUCCCAUCACAAAAGAAUCUGAUUUUCUCAAAAUUUCCAUGCAACUAGCUUUAGAUCGUGCAUUACAUGCAGAAGCCAAUACCUACAAACUGGGGACAAAAUGCAGAAAUGAGCAUGAAAAGGCAGCUUGGACAGAUUGCCUUGAGCUCUAUGAGUAUGUGAUCGACUGGCUCAAUCAAACCACCACCAGUACGUGCUCCAAAUUUGAUGCACAAACUUGGCUUAGCACUGCGCUAACUAAUCUAGAGACAUGCCGAACCGGGUUCAUAGAGCUGGGAGUGCCUGACUACGUUUUGCCCUUGAUGCAAAACAACGUCUCCAAGUUAAUUAGCAAUAGUUUGGCUAUUAACAAGGUGCCGUACACUGAACCUAGUUACCAAGGAGGGUUCCCUACAUGGGUUAAGCCUGGUGAUCGAAAACUCUUGCAAUCAUCUUCCCCAGCUUCUCAAGCAAACAUUGUGGUGGCACAAGAUGGGUCAGGAAAUUACAAGACGAUUGCAGAAGCAGUUGCCGCCGCAUCGAAAAGAUCAGGAACUGGGAGAUAUAUAAUAUAUGUGAAGGCAGGGACCUAUAAGGAAAAUAUUGAAAUAGGAAAGAAAUUGAAGAAUAUUAUGUUUGUGGGUGAUGGAAUAGGGAAAACUAUUGUUACAGGAAGCAGAAGCGUUGGAGGUGGCAGUACAACUUUUAAAUCAGCUACCUUUGCUGCGGUGGGAGACGGGUUUAUUGCACGGGACAUGACAUUUAGAAAUACAGCCGGACCCCAAAAUCACCAGGCAGUGGCAGUGCGUUCGGGCUCUGAUCUCUCGGUUUUCUACAGAUGCAGCUUUGAAGGAUAUCAAGACACUCUCUAUGUCCAUUCUCAAAGACAAUUCUACAGAGAAUGUGACAUAUACGGGACAGUGGACUUUAUAUUCGGCAAUGCUGCAGUGGUUCUCCAAAACUGUAAUAUCUAUGCUCGAAAUCCCCCUAACAAGACCAACACUCUCACCGCUCAAGGCAGGACAGACCCCAACCAAAACACUGGAAUUUCAAUCCAUAAUUCCAGGGUUACAGCUGCUUCCGAUUUAAAACCAGUCCAAAGCUCCGUCAGGACUUACCUUGGCAGGCCAUGGAAACAAUAUUCCAGGACUGUUUUUAUGAAAACAUUCCUUGAUAGCUUAAUCAAUCCAGCUGGUUGGAUGGAAUGGAGCGGUAACUUUGCUCUUAGCACUUUAUACUACGGAGAGUACAUGAACACUGGCCCUGGUUCAUCCACUGCUAACAGAGUUAACUGGAAAGGCUAUCACGUGAUUACAAGUGCAUCUGAGGCGUCAAAGUUCACUGUCCAGAAUUUCAUUUCAGGAGGUUCUUGGUUGCCAGGCACCAAUGUCCCCUUCACUUCUGGCCUUUGAAUUUUUAUUUUUAUUUUAUAUUUUAAAAUGGUUACUAAUUUAGUUCCUUGUGGCAUUAAAAUAAAUUCUCACUGCCCAAAAUGGAGAAAAUAAAGGGGGUUGAUUGUGGGCUUUUUUUUGUUAACUGUUUUGUGAAAUUGUAAUUAAAUUGAAAAGUGAUGUUAAUUAAUGGAAAGAAUUUGAGAUGUUAUUGCUAAGUA